AUGAGAUUCUUGCUCCCGUUAUCCAUAGCGACAUUGGUUUCGGCCGUUUUGAUCCCUCAAGAUGAGGAAAAUCUGGGUUAUGUGAAAUUGAGAGUCAAGCGCUCGCUAGGCACCUCCCAUCUUGACCGAAUGCCUUCCAAUGAACCAUACUUGAGCAAGAGAGACGUCGACGGGAGCUGGGAAAUGGAGCUCAAGAAUAACCUCGUUUUCUACGAAACAGUUGUUUCAAUUGGCUCCGAUAAUCAAAAGCUCAAGCUUGUGGUGAGCACUGGCUCCUCGGAUAUGUGGGUCCCUGGUGCUGGCCUUCCUUGUCCUCAGACCCGUAAUCCUUACAAAAAACGAGAAGCAUUUGAGGACCGAGAAAUAUUUGAGGACUUGGUGGUGGAAGACCUUCUAGAAAAAAGAGCCACUACGACAACCGGUAGUAGAGUUAGAUCCGCUACGACCACCAGCAGUCGGAGUUUGUUCAGUCUGAGACCUUCAAGAGUUUGCUUCCAGGCUGGUACUUUCAACAACAAAACAUCAACUUCGUUUCGUUUUAACACUACCGCUGCACGUUUUGAAAUAUACUACCCCUUUGAACCAACUGAUUACGCCUUUGGGACUUGGGGUAGAGACACUGUCACAUUUGGUGACAUUGCCUUGACAGACUUUCCAUUUGCUGUGGCAAAUAAAUCCUAUUUGGACGUAGGAUAUCUUGGAAUAGGGCCAAUGGAAGGUGAAGUUUCUACUUACUUGUCAUUUAAGAAUAGUUUUGAGUAUGAGAACUUUCCAAUGCGCUUAAAAUCAAUGGGAGCUAUCAAGACGAACUCUUAUUCACUUUACAUGGAUCUGUUGGAAUCACGCGAAGGGUCACUUCUUUUUGGAGCCGUUGACAAAGCAAAAUAUUCGGGCACUCUCCAACUGGUUCCAUUCAUACAAUCUGUUUACGACUAUUACGGGUAUCUGACUUCUCAGAUUGUUUUGAGUGAGUUGUCGAUAAACGGAAACGGCAAAAAUAUCGUUAUAACGGACUCGCUGCUCGGAGCGGUGUUAGAAUCUGGUACUACUUUCUCCAAAAUGCCAGCCGUGAUUGUCGAGUCUCUAGCUCUCUCGAUCGGCGGCACCUAUAACUCUCGAAGUAAUAUCUUUAACGUCGAUUGCAAGUUUGGUGGACAAGACUACAACGUUACAUUUGAUUUUAGUGGUGUCAAAAUUCAAGUGCCAUUAAGCGAUUUGGUCAUGAAAGUUGACGAUAAAUGUCUCCUCACUAUUAAACCCGAAUUUAUUCCCAACAUGGGAGAAGCUGUUGUUAUCUUGGGAGACAAUUUCCUUCGUAGCGCAUAUGUUGUGUACGACUUGGAAAAUUACGAAAUUGGUUUGGCGCAGGCGAAAUACACGGAUGAGGAAGAUGUCGAGGUGAUCACUGACAGAAUUCCAAAUGCUCUGAAAGCCUCGGCCUACUCACAAACAUCCACUUUCUCGUUCACCGAAAAGCAACGGAGCGACCUCACGGCCGGCACAGCAGUUGCAAAGGAAACAAUCGGCAUAGCUAAUGCUGCUGCAGAUGCUAAAAUCACAUCUGAUGCUUCAGCAGGACCGAAAACGAUAAGUACAUACGAACAGGAAGACUCAAUACGCACUGGUAGUAUAACAGAUGGAGUCGGUGCAAAAACCACUUUCACCAGAGGACCUGGCGGACCCCUUGCAAGUGGCUCAGGUGGAAAUCUUGCAAGUAGAUCAGGUGGAAAUAUAUUCGGAGAUCCUAUAAGUGGAUCAAAUGGAGGACAAUUUCCUGGUUCUGGCCCUAUGAGUGUUAUAGGUGGCGGGCCUAAUGGCGAAACCACGUUGGGUGUUCCGGACGCUAGCGGUAUUACCACCUGGGCUGUUAUUAAUGGUGGUCCAAGCGGACCUGUCACCUUGAGUCCCAGCGGCGGAAGCAGUGUUUCUAGCCAAGCGGCAGGUGGAGGUGGAAGUGGUGGUGGACAAGCAGGAGGAUUGGCCAAUAUGAAUUCGAUUCCACUUGGCUGGGUCAUGGCGAGCGUCGGAAUGAUUUUGUCGAUAGUUCUUCUCUAA